AUGAAGUCAUCUACAAUUCUCGCCGUGGCCGCACUGGCUACUCUGGGUCAGGCAAAAUGGCCUUCGCCAUUGAAGCACUCCAGUCUCUCCGGACAUAGCUCGUCUUCCCAUCUGCCCGUUGAGGCCAUCUCGCCCUCCAGUAUUCCUUCGGUACACAAUUCUUCUGUUCAUCCGUCCAUCAUGGUCCACACGCCCUCCAGCCUGCCAACGGUGCAUAGUUCAGCUCUCCACCAACCCAUCGCGACCUUCUCGCACUUGAGCCUCCCAACAGCACUCAGUCACUCUUCUCAUCAUCCCAUCGCGAAUCACUCGCUCUCCACCCUUUCUCUGGAGCUCAAUUUUUCCUCUCAUCCAUCCACCACGCCUAUCCCACACUCCAGUCUCUACUCAGCACAUAUUUUGCCUUCCCAUUCUUUCGUCGCGAACUUCUCCGUCGUGGACAUCAAGCCGAGCUCAGGGUCAUGCGUGUGUCGUGGCAAUUCUCAUGAUCCCCCAUGCUGCCGCAAGGAGACUCUCCGGGAGACAAUCACCAAGCCUAUCGUGAUUCCAGUGCCAACUACGGUCGUGUCCCACGAUGGCAAGACGCGCACAAUCACCAAGGAGAAAUGGAUGACUGAAACCACCACCGACCCCGAUGUAUGCAUCGCCACUAUAAUCGAUUACAAGACACACUUUACGUGCAAGAGGCCCACUCCUACGACUUGGGAUCCUCCGCGCAAGCCACAUGGCUUCACUCGGCCAUACCCGUCUAUUAUUCUCGACACCAGCAGGAAGCCGGGUCCAACACCGUGGGAUCCUCCGCGAAACCCGCAUGGGACUGUCCGGCCAUAUCCAUCAGAUGACGACGAGAGAAAGCAUUACAGACCUACGCACACGUCAACCGUUGUGGAGCCGGAAGCAACCUGCCCGGCCGGGUUUACAUGCCAGCCGGAUGACGACUACACCGAAGACAAGCUUGCCAUUCGCGAAGCCAAAGUGCCCUGGCCUGCUCCUCCUGGUUGUAUUAAUCACUGUGUUGGCGGUCGAGGAUGCUGGACUGAGUGCGACAGGCCUCACUCAUCAAAGCCAUCACGUAUCUGUCCAGAAGGUUAUUCGUGCCAGAGGAAGAAGCCAACCCUAGUCCCAGUGCCGGAACCUCCCGAGCAGCAGCCAGCACCACCUCCGGUAUAUCCUGCGCCUCCCGUGGCACCUGCGCCUCCUCCUCCUCCUCCUCCUCCUCCUCCGCCGCCGCCGCCGCCGCCGCCGUUUAUACCGUCUCCAGAUGUCCAGCCACUGCCAGCUGCACCGCCACCGGCCCCUGCGGUUAUUCCACCACCGCUGUUGCCUCCGACCAUUCAGCAGCCGCCUGCGCCGCCCCAGAACUCAGCGCCUCAGCCUCCAUUCGUGCCGACGCCACCACCUGUGCUGCCUGUGCCUGCUCCGGAAGUUCCUUCGGUGCCUGCUCCGGAGGUUCAUUCGGCGCCUACCCACCAUUGCGCUCCUGGACAGCACCCUUGCUUACAUCACCAUGCAAAUGGGAGUAUCGUGGCACCAGCAACAGUCACAAGGGCGGAGGCUGGGUCCGUCGUGCCGGCUGCCGGUACGGUCAUGAUACUCGCUGGUGCGUUUGGACUUUUCAUGGUCUGA